UUUAUAAAUACUCCCCACUUUCAGCUCAUUACUUCAUUGCACUCCUCAGUUUCAAAACCAACAAAAACCACAAGCAUUUGACCCUUUUUCCAUCCAACAAGUACACACUGCAGUUUGUUCAUAAAUUGAUCUUUUUUCUUUAUAGUUUAUUGCCAAUGGUGAAGAGUGGUCAACAAAAGAUACAAGCAGAACCAACAAAGCAAAUGAAAGCAUCACCAUCUCCAUCUCCAUCAUCAUCAUCAUCAUUAAAGAAGAAGUACAAGGGUGUAAGAAUGAGGAGCUGGGGUUCUUGGGUGUCUGAGAUUAGGGCUCCAAAUCAGAAAACAAGGAUUUGGUUAGGGUCUUAUUCUACAGCUGAAGCAGCUGCUAGAGCCUAUGAUGCUGCGCUUCUAUGCCUCAAAGGUUCCUCCGCAAAUCUCAACUUCCCACUCACAUCCACUCAUUACAUUCCUGAUACCAUUAUGUCUCCUAAGUCUAUACAAAGAGUGGCCGCCGCCGCCGCCACUACGGCUUCUAAUAGUUUCGUUAACAAUGGCACCACCACCUCCCUACCAAUAUCUCCAUCGCCAUCUGUUUCAUCCCCAUCAAUGUCAUCUUCACCAUCUGAUCAAGUACUCGAUGAUGAUGUAUCACUGAUGCAAUCACUUGAGCCUAUUUCUAUGGUGGAACCAUGGUACAGUCCCUUUGAUUGCCUGCAAUCUCCAAAGUACAUUGAUCAGAUGUUCAACUUAUUGCCAUUUGAUCCACCGGCAGUGAUGAAUGAUUUUUAUGAGGAGUUAGGCGAUAUUCGUCUAUGGAGUUUUCCCUAAGGCAAAUUCAAGGCAUUACAUUACUCCAUUUUUUUUCGUUCAUUUGUAUUCAUUGAUGACUUUCAGUUGAUGUUUGAAGGCAUUACUGACAGUGACUCAAAAUUCAUAUUUUAAGUUUACUUUUUGGUUAGGGAGAAGAAAUCCACAUGGAUGUGAAAAUUAACCUUUUUUUUUUGGAAUCUCAAAUGGGGUUUCUACGUAUUCAAUUUAUGUAUAAAUUCUGCAAAUUAAAUGGCACGCUACCUUUGU